CCGACACAGGUCCUCAUGACGCGGCGGCACAGACAGCUGGAUAAGAGCUCAGCAGUUUCCAGAUAAAAAUGGCAGUGGAGAAGCGUCUGGCAUUCUCUAUUGUGCAGUUCCUACGAGAUCAAACACAUCAGGGCGCUUUGAAUUCUGAUGAGCAGGAGAGCCUCGAAGUUGCCAUACAGUGUUUGGAGACGACCUUUAAGAUCGGCUCCAGUGACUCCCACCUCGCUGUGCCACAGCCUCUGACAGACAUAUUCCUCAACUCCCUGCUUAAGAAUGACAAUAUUACCAUACCAGAGACCUCCCCAUCUCCAGAAGACAUUGAAAGAGCGGAGCAACUUAAAAAUGAAGGGAACAAUCACAUGAAAGAAGAGAACUACAGAUGUGCAGUGGAGUGCUACACAAAGUCCAUUGACCUGGACCUGAGAAACGCUGUGUACUACUGCAACAGGGCGGCGGCUCACAGUAAACUGGGAAACUACACAGAGGCAACUGGUGACUGCGAGAGAGCCAUUGGGAUUGAUCCUACCUACAGCAAAGCGUACGGGAGGAUGGGUCUGGCUCUGACAGCCAUGAACAAGUAUCCAGAGGCAAUCUCCUUCUUCAAGAAAGCUUUGGUAUUAGAUCCAGAUAAUGAUACCUAUAAAUCCAACCUGAAGAUAGCGGAGCAGAAGCAGAAAGAAGCAAGCAGCCCAAUAGCUGCUGGAUUGGGUUUCGACAUGGCUAGUUUAAUCAACAACCCUGCCUUCAUCAGCAUGGCUGCAAGCGUGAUGCAGAACCAACAAGUGCAACAGCUUAUGUCAGGAAUGAUGUCUAAUGCAGUCGGGGGUCCUGCAGCAGGAGUCGGGGGACUGUCGGACAUCUCCAGUUUGAUUGAAGCGGGUCAACAGUUUGCGCAGCAGAUCCAGCAGCAGAACCCCGAGCUGAUCGAGCAGCUGAGGAACCACAUCCGGAGCCGCUCGUUCAGCGGCAGCGCGGAGGAGCACUCCUGAUCUGAUAAGUCUCACAUUUUUUUUCCAAGGAAGGGCAACCAUAUGGCGCGAUUACAAUCUCUACACCCAUUUCUUGAAAUCAAAUCCCCGGCACAGCUGGAACGAAGAGACAAGGAUCGGGUUGAAGGCACUUUACUGUGAAUAAAAACUCUGAGGCGGAGAGAGGUGAAGACCUAGAGACUGGACCAUCAAAUUAAGCAUCCUACACAUGAAGGGCAAAACACAUUUGAAAGACUUAAUCAUAAAAAGAGCCAAGAAGCUUGCUUUUACAUCCUGCUGAAAUUGUGUUUUAUAUGUGCUGAAAAUACUGCCCGCUUCAUGUUAUGAGUUAGGGAUCAUUCUGUUUAUUCAUGAUACUUAGAGAGUAGGGAGGACUGCAGGAAACAUUCAGCGUUUGUUCAUAGAAAAACACACCAGGUUUAUAUUGCAUCCAGUUCAAUAUUAUUUUUGUAGACAGCAUAGGCUCUACUUGUGUAUUGAAAACACGUUGGACUCACAUCACUGCUUUUCAACGAGUACUACUUAACUGUUGAUUAAGACAACAAUGUAAUUGUAUAGCAGUGUUUGCAGCCUGCAUUAUGUUGUUAUUGCACUUUAGCAAAGAAUAAAUAUACCCCCUUUAAGCAUAUUUAAUUGUUCAUUAACUAGAGUACUAAGAUUGAUCAUUUUGCAUGCUCUUAAAUCUGGUAUUUGAGAUCAGAUGCUUUAUGGAAACAAAUAGGUAUGCUAGGGCAGCACAAUGUUUUGUCCAAAACAUGUGAAUAAAUGUCUUGAAAUUCA